CAUACAGUCAGUCAGUUCAUACAGUCAGUCAGUGGCAGUAGCCACAUUCCUGUGUUCUAAACCUGAUUUGCAUGUGGAAUCGUGGAAUGUUCUGUAGAAUAACAGUAGAAUUCCGUGGAACUCAUCUCAGAUUCUCUGGUGGAAUCCUCGGCGCCUAUAAACCAAACUCCCACAAGAAUCGAUCAUUUCAGCUCAGUCAACCGAUCGCAGCGGCCACAUUGACCCGAGCUCCCCGAUUUCCAACCAUUCUCCUUUCAACACAAAGAAGAAACAAAAAUGGAAAUACUAAGCGACGCCAUCCCCAGAAGAACCCUUUGCACCGAGGAGGCACCACAAGCUGCUCCCGGCUUGCUGCAAAGGAGCUUCAGGUAUCUCAACCCCUGGGGUCAACCUCCCCUGGUGACCCAGGAACAUCUGCAGGAGUCACCACUGCAGGAAGACGCAACCCACCCGGACACAAACACGGAGACUGAGGAGGCACCACAAGCUGCUCCCGGCUUGCUGCAAAGGAUCUUCAGGUAUCUCAACCCCUGGGGUCAACCUCCCCCGGUGACCCAGGAACAUCUGCAGGAGUCACCACUGCAGGAAGACGCAACCCACCCGGACACAAACACGGUGACUGAGGAGGCACCACAAGCUGCUCCCGGCUUGCUGCAAAGGAUUUUCAGGUAUCUCAACCCCUGGGGUCAACCUCCCACAGAGGCCCAGGAACAUCUGCAGGAGGCACCACAAGCUGCUCCCGGCUUGCUGCAAAGGAUCUUCAGGUAUCUCAACCCCUGGGGUCAACAAAACCCAAACCCGGGAGUCAGGGGUGAACAAAACAACCCCAAAAAGAAAAGAAAAAGGUUCAAAAUCAACCUGAAGAUGACGGGAGUCAAACGGGACUGGAGAUCAAAGCUCAUGUAUUUCCUCCUCCUGCUUCUGUUUGCUGGUGGAGUGACACAGCACGUACACCACAGCAACCAGCUACAAGAAGCCCGGCUGCAAAUAACCACCCUCACGCAGCUGAUGAGCCGAUUGAGUCCCGUCGCAGACACAAUGGCCAACUUCGCCCAGGAGUCGCAGGGAGCCAGAGUCCUCCACCGCCUGUCCUCAGACACGUUCCGGACCUCAAUCCAAGACAAAAUGGUGGACCAGCUGCUCUCCUGGGUCACAACCUCCACCGACCACCAAAGAAUCAUCCAGGACCACUCAAGGUCGCCCCCCGGAUCGUGCUGGUGCUUCGCGGGGGCCAAGGGACACGCCGUCGUCUCCUUGUCGCAUCCCAUCGAGGUCACGCACGUCACGAUUGGCCACAUCACAAAAAGACAGUCACUCACCGGGGAAAUCAACAGUGCGCCGAGGGAGUUCUCCGUCUACGGAUUGGUGCCCGACAACGACGAAGGCAUCCACCUGGGGAGCUUCGCGUACAACAAGAACGGCCUGAGCUCCCAGACCUUUGAGCUGCCGGUCGCAGUCAAAGAUGUCUUCAGCCACAUCAAGCUGGAGAUAAAGACAAACUGGGGGGAUGAUGACCAAACGUGCCUCUACAACUUCAGGGUGCACGGGUAUCCGGUGUCUGGUUAGGGUGUAGAAGGUCGACCAACCCUGAACGUCUAAGAACAAAUGAGAUGUCAUCAAAUGGAAUACAUAAAUAUGUGAACAUGGGUAUUCAUAAAUAGAUGUAUUAGAUGACAAGUUCACAGAUGUGUUCGGGUUGGUUUGCCUUCCCACGUGGGUUUUCCCCGGGUCCUCCGGUUUCCCCCCACACACCAAACACAGUUUGGUUUACAGUUGGCAGAAGACGAUUAGGUCUUUUGGGGUUUUCUCCGGGUUCUCCGGUUCGCCCACACACACCAAACAUUGUUUGGUUUACAGUUGGCAGAAGACGAUUAGGUCUUUUGGGGUUUUCUCCGGGUUCUCCGGUUCGCCCACACACACCAAACACUGUUUGGUUUACAGUUGGCAGAAG